GGCGGAGCGAUUCCCGGGGUCACUCAGUCUGGCAGCAGGAAGUGAAUUGCAGUCGCUGCAGUUACUCUGUUGCGGAGAAAUCCACGUUCCUUGCAAGACUCCAGGGCCUCGGCUGCUGCCGCUGGGGACCCCAGAGCCCUGGCUGCAGGCGGGGGAAGUUUCCUAUCGAGGGAGGAACAUUCCCGCUGCUCCCUGAGAGACUCUCCCAGUGCAGAGACCCCAGCCUGUCCCGUCCCCCCCUUACUGGGACCCAGAGCCCUGCUCCCAGGCAGUGCCCCACGUGGAGAGAAGAUCAUCCCAUCUUCGUGGGGGACAGGGAAGUGAAAUGGAUGUGAUGGAUCCAGCUCAGAUGCCGGUGACCUUUGAGGAGGUGGCUGUGUAUUUCACCGAGGGGCAGGGGGCUCUGCUGGACCCCAAUCAGAGAGCCCUCUACAGGGACGUCAUGCAGGAGAAUUAUGAGACUGUGACCUCACUGGGAUUUCCCAUUCCCAAACCUGACCUGGUCGCCCGGCUGGAAGCAGGGGAAGAGCCGUGGGUCCCGGAUUUCCAGGCCUCUGAGGAAAGGAAGCUCCCAAGAGGCACCUGCACAGCAGGUGACAAGACAAAGAGUGAGAACGAGGAGGGGAAUCCACUGCAGAAAUGUCCUGAGCAAGUGGAGCUGCAGAGGACAUUUUUGAGAAGAGCUGAAGAGAAUUUUUCCCAGUGCUUGGAACAGAGAAAAGCCUGGAGUAAUUGGCACAAGUCAGAGAGGAAGUUGGGAAACCACCAAAGGAAGAAAGUGGAUGAAUCAAUUGAAUGUGGGGGGGCAGGCAAGGAUCCCAAGGAAAUCACAGCCCAGCAGACAAAUCACAAGGAAAAUAAACCCUAUAAAUGCUUGGACUGUGGGAAAAGUUUCAGUCGGCGCUCCAGCCUUAUUAACCAUGGGAGAAUCCACACGGGAGAGAAACUGUAUAAAUGCUUGGACUGUGGGAAAAGCUUCAGUCAGUGCUCAGGCCUUAUUAACCAUAGGAGAAUCCACACAGGAGAGAGACCCUAUAAAUGCUUGGACUGUGGGAAAAGCUUCAGUCAGCACUCAGGUCUUAUUAACCAUGGUAAAAUCCACACUGGAGAGAGACCCUAUAAAUGCUUGGACUGUGGGAAAAGCUUCGAUCGGAACUCAAAUCUUACUAUCCAUCGGAGAGUGCACACAGGAGAGAGACCGUAUAAAUGCCUUGAGUGUGGGAAAAGUUUUAGUCAGCUCUCAGGCCUUAUUAGCCAUGGGAGAAACCACACGGGAGAGAGACCAUAUAAAUGCCUUGAGUGUGGGAAAAGUUUUGGUAUACAAUCUUCCCUUAUUAUACAUCAGAGGACCCACACGGGAGAGAAACCCUAUAAAUGCUUGGACUGUGGGAAAAGCUUCAGUCAGCGCUCACGCCUUAUUAGCCAUGAGAUAAUCCACACGGGAGAGGGACCAUAUAAAUGCCUUGAGUGUGGAAAAAGUUUCAGUGCACCAUCAGUCCUUAUUAUACAUCAGAGGACCCACACGGGAGAGAAACCCUAUAAAUGCUUGGACUGUGGGAGAAGCUUCAGUCAGCGCUCAGUCCUUAUUACUCAUAGGAGAAUCCAUACGGGAGAGGGACCAUAUAAAUGUCUCGAGUGUGGGAAAAGUUUCAGUGUACCAUCAGCCCUUCUUAUACACCAGAGAACCCACACGGGAGAGAAACCCUAUAAAUGCUUGGUCUGUGGGAAAAGCUUCAGCCGGAGCUCACAUCUCAUUAGCCAUGGGAGAAUGCACACAGGAGAGGGACCAUAUAAAUGCUUGCACUGUGGGAAAAGCUUCAGUCAGCGCUCAGUCCUUAUUAACCAUGGGAGAAUACACACAGGAGAUGGACCAUAUAAAUGCCUUGAGUGUGGGAAAAGUUUCAGUGUACCAUCAGCCCUUCUUAUACACCAGAGAACCCACACAGGAGAGAAACCCUAUAAAUGCUUGGAGUGUGGGAAGAGCUUCAGUCAGCGUUCAGGCCUUAUUAGUCAUGGGAGAAUCCACACAGAGGAGAGACCCUAUAAAUGCUUGGACUGUGGAAAAAGCUUCAAACGGAGCUCAAAUCUUAUUAUUCAUCGGAGAUUGCACACAGGAGAGAGACCCUAUAAAUGCUUAGACUGUGGGAAAAGCUUCAGUCAACGCUCAGGUCUUAUUAGCCAUGGGAGAAUCCAUACGGGGGAGAGACCCUAUAAAUGCUUGGACUGUGGGAAAAGCUUCAGUCAGCGCUCAGUCCUUAUUAACCAUUUGAGAACCCACACAGGAGAGAGACCCUAUAAAUGCUUGGACUGUGGGAAAAGCUUCAAUCGGAGCUCAAAUCUUAUUACCCAUCGGAGACUGCACACAGGAGAGAGAGACUGUAAAAAUACCUUGAGUGUGGGAAAAACUUCAGUGAGAGCUCAAAACUUCCGGAGAGAAAUCAUAUAAGUGCCUCCACUGUGGGGUAAGUUUCAUUCAGAGAUCAAACCUUGCUUCAUAUCAGAUAAUCUACACAAGAGAGAAACCCCAUAAAUGCUUGGAUGAUGGGAAAAGCUUCAACAACUGCAGGAAAAAAAUUCAGUCU